AUGGGAACAAACUGCCCGUCAGACUGUCCUGCCGAUGAUUUGUAUUUCUUGCAGACUGUGAUCGGUUCUCAGGCGAACCAAUUCACAAGUGAAGCCGAGCUGACCUGGACGCCAACUCGAGGCAUGGAAGGCCGCCUACUCUUGCUCUGCAUAGAAGCUGUUGAUGCAAUGGCACAAUUUAAUGCGCCCGGGGGUCAGAGUCCUGGAUCGUUCUGCAUCACCUACGACAUAGAGCGAUGCAACUAUUGCGUCCCCCAAGGGUUGACGCUCUCACAAAUGGCGUCAGAGUUCCAGCUCUCGAUGGACUGGGUAUAUCUGUACAAUAGCAACGCCCAGUUUCUCUCCACCGGCCCCUGGGACCCCGAGAUCGUCUAUCCCCGCAACAAGGUGAACAUUGGACCUCGGUAUCAGGUGGUGGAGGGCGAUUCCUUGCCUAGCAUCGCAGGUGAGCCGAUAUGUCAGGCCAAGGCACCUUUGACCACUGGCUGCAGCAAUGGCUCGGACGUCGGUAAAAACUAUCCUUGA